GGUUUAAUAAAGAAUAAAACGGGAUUGGCGAUGUGAUAUAUUUUGUUGAAUUUUUGUGAAAACAGGCUAGUUAAAACUUGCAAAUUGUACAGUAGUAGGCGACACAUUUUAGCUGUUAUCUAAUAGUAAUGGCAGAGACGAGUGAAGCACAGGCGAGCGCUUCGGCAUCAGCGCCGGGCGGCGACGCUGGAGGUGAAGACGAUAAACAUGACGAACGUAUGCUGGAAUGCAACAUUUGCUUGGACACUGCCCGGGACGCAGUUGUCAGUAUGUGUGGACACCUCUUCUGUUGGCCAUGCCUACACCAAUGGCUGGAAACUCGGCCUAGUAGACAAGUGUGUCCUGUCUGCAAGGCUGCAAUCAGUAGGGAUAAAGUCAUCCCACUAUAUGGUAGAGGCAACACCAAACAGGAGGAUCCUAGGAAUAAGGUACCGCCCCGGCCUGCAGGUCAGCGCACGGAGCCUGAUAAUAACAGCGGUUUCCCCGGCUUUGGAUUCGGUGAAGGCUUUCAUAUGUCCUUUGGCAUUGGAGCAUUCCCUUUCGGCGUUUUCACUUCCACAUUUAAUUUUGGCGACCCAAGACCGAGUGCUGCGCCCCGCGGCACCGCGCAGUACGAGGAGGAGCAGUUCCUGUCGAAAAUAUUCCUGUGGGUGGCGAUACUGUUCGUGUUGUGGUUGAUCUUCGCAUGACCCGAGAUAGUGGAGGCGUCCCUCCCCGCCGACGACACAUCCGCACCGCUCGCCGCUUCGCACUCUACUGUGACAUAUAGACCUUAAGAUAUCGUGCGCUCAAAUAUACUAUGCUGCUACAGACAUGAGCGAUACGUGCCGCUACUGAUUUUAAGGUAUAUUGUCCGCGCUAGAUGUUUUAGUGUAUGUAUUGUGUAAGUUAAAAAAAAAUUAUAUAUAUGCACAAUGUGUACCGAUUUCGCACUAUCCUUGUAAUUAAGAAAUUUUAUAUUACUCGUUACAAUUUUAUAUGACGAUUUUCUUUGAUGUUGUAAUCGCUUUAUUACGAGGAUAACGUGACAUCGACACAGCGUGUUGUAAUAUCGGCGUUAAUUAGAAUUAUAAUAUUAUCGAGUUAUAUAAUUUUAACCGAGUGGCAGUUUAAUUAUAAGUGCCCGUUGCGUUGGCAACAGCCUUAAUUACAUUUGUUACUUGUGAUUGGUAGCUUGUGCACCUCUAAGCAGCCUUGUUGGCGCUUAAUCUAAUUUGUUCGUGAAUUAAGAAGUAUUUAAUGUGAAAUGGUAAUGAGCGACUCCGCCAUGGUGGUAGGGAAAAAUCAAAUAUAUUCAACACGGCGUCACUUCAAAGUUCUUAUAUCAUUUUGACUAGUCGAAAUUUCUGAACUCUGACAAGGGUAAUAUUAAAUAAAUCGUGUCUUAAUACUUACUAAGUUUCACUUGUUAAUUAGUAAUUAGUUGAGUUAGUAGUCUUGAUUUUCACUCUGUAUAGCGUUCUAUGCGUUAAUUUGUGAAGAUCUCCUAAAUAUAUAGAAAAAAAUUAAAUAACCAAUGGCAUCAUGCAUUCCGACUAGCCCACCAAACUGCUGGAUAACCAAUUUUCUGUAGAAAUCAAAUACGAUAUCGUGAUACAAACCUAAAUACAGUAACAAGCGCCUCAAUCUAGUAAAUUUUGUUUUGGUUUAAGAGUUACUUAGUUUAACUACACAACAUACAAAAAGCAGAGUCUAUAAAUAAAAAAAGAAAAUAAACUAAGCGAGACACAAGAUUCUAGCGAAAUCCACAAGGUCAACGCUAAUAAUUAAAGAGAAAAAGGAGCAGAACUGAAAUAACCCUGUUAAUAUUCUACCACAUGGAAUAAGUCUCCUAAACAGAAAUUAAUGUUCAGCGGUAUCAGGCAGGCAAGAUAUUACUACUAUAAAUGAGAAUUUAAAUUCGUAGGAUGUCUGAUUUAUCUUUCCGCGUAUUUUUGAAAAGUUUGGAUGCACGGGGAUGUGUGAUACAAGAAAUUGAACUAUUUGUUUAAUAAAUAUAUGUACUAAUAAAGCGUAUUUUGUGUACCACUAAUAAUUUUGAAAAACGAAAAGGAAUUUCCAAAAAAGAGAAAGGCGCUAUUUAUUAUUGAUACAUAAUAAAUAUAUUUAAAUUCAUAAAGAAUAAACAAUGGUAAAAAUUGCAAUGAUGACUGCCUAGCACACUUUUCUUACCAUCUUAGCCAUUUAGAAACAUGCACUAUUUUAAAUGUUUAAAUGUAACAUUGUGAAAGUAGUUGACUGCAGAUCAAUUGAUAGUAAUGAAGAGUAUAUUGAUGCUGUCACCCUGAGCACAUUUCACCUGACUGCAUCUGGCAGCCAUUUUAUAAACCACAAAUACUCUGAAUAUAAAUUAAGGGUACUAGAGGAUAUCUACUUGUGGCAUCCUAAAAUUAUAGAAUUUGUGAACGCGCGAUAUCUGCGUAAAAUAUAACACGAUUGAUAAGUUUCAAUAUAUGUGGUAACGUUUUAAAGACUCUGUGUAUAAUAUUCUUACUGUAACUAUUCAAAAAUUAAUUGGCAUACUCGUUACGAAAAGACCAUCUAUAAAUAUAUAAAUUGAUAGAUAAGCUUCUAUGUUAAUAUUCCUGUAAAAAUAAGUGUAUAUAUCUAUCUAAUUGAUUUAUUUUAAAAGUUGUGAUGGGAUGGAAAAUUGUUUUUAAAUUAUGAAAAUAAAGAUAUCUUUAUGCUAAUUUAUUUUUUCAAUUUCAUCAUCCUUAUAGCAAGUUGCAAAGGUGUGUUUAUUAUUUGUUUCGGUUGACUCCGUUUGUUAUCUUCUUUUUUAUUAUUGGCGAUUUUUCUAAAAUCCAGUGUUUCAUUCAGUUCCAUAUACUCUACUGCAUACAAAUGACAGGAGCAUGAUGACUGAAACGGUCAAAGACACAAAAUCUCUAGUGGACCCGUAGCUUUAAG